CUUGCAUCUUUAAUAACUGUGACUUUCAUUGGACUUGGAGAAUUGCCAAAGGUGUGGAUUCACUCAACCUUUCGAGUGAGGUGGAGCAUUGUGCAUGAUGCCUUGCUUUGGUUGAAAGAGAAUAAUCCAUACUACACAGAUAUCAGGAUCAGUGCUUCUCACCUUGCAGAGCUUCCAGAAGACAAUGUACUGGAAGAAGUA